AUGUCCUCCUCAUCCAUCCCUGCUGGGGCUGCUGCUGCUGUCCUGCAGCCCUCGGAGCCCGUGCCAGACCAUGCUGUCUCUGUGCAGGGACCAAAUUUUGAGAAUGAUCUGUCUCUUCAGGAUUUUCUCAGAUCAUAUGAACGAAUCGGAUUCCAAGCAAACAGCCUAGGAAAGGCGAUCGACAUCGUCAACAAGAUGCGAACGUGGCGGCUUUCAGACGAGCCCGUGUCAGCAGACGAGUCAGAUGACUACACGGAUCCAGAAGUCCGUGCAAGAACAAAGUGUAACAUCUUCCUCGGCUACACCUCUAAUCUGAUAUCAUCUGGUCUGCGAGAAAUCAUCCUGUAUCUCGUAAAACACAAGCAUGUCGCAGCCAUCGUGACGACCGCUGGCGGUAUCGAGGAAGACUUCAUCAAAUGCCUAGGCAAGACCUACCUUGCCGACUUCAACUUGGAUGGUGCGGAACUCCGCAAAAAAGGAAUGAACCGAAUUGGUAACCUUGUCGUGCCCAACGACAACUACUGCAAGUUCGAAGACUGGCUGCUCCCGAUUCUCGACCAGAUGCUGAAGGAGCAACAGUCGACGGGCACGGUAUGGACACCGAGCUCGUUCAUUCGUAGGCUGGGCAAAGAGAUCAACCAUGAGGAAUCUGUAUAUUAUUGGGCUUACAAAAACGAUAUUCCUGUCUUCUGUCCCGCCUUGACAGACGGCUCACUGGGCGAUAUGAUAUACUUCCACUCCUUCAGAACGCCGGGUCUGAUCAUAGACAUCGUCGGCGACAUCCGAGCGUUGAAUGAACAUGCAAGAAAAUCGAAGAAGGCUGGCAUGAUCAUACUCGGCGGAGGUGUCUGCAAGCAUCAGAUUGCCAACGCCAUGCUCAUUCGCAACGGUGCUGACUACUCUGUGUAUAUCAACACCGGACAAGAAUUUGACGGUUCCGACUCUGGUGCUCGCCCGGACGAGGCUGUCUCAUGGGGGAAAAUCCGCGCUGGCGCGGAAUCCGUCAAAGUUUUCGCUGAUGCAACUCUGGUGUUCCCGAUGUUGGUCGCGGCAACAUUUGCGCAAGACAAAACACAGCACUAA